AUCAGGACAUGUUCUAUCUGUUGUGCUUCCCAUAUGUUGCUUAACAAACUCACCAUCAGGAAAUGGUUAUGAUUUUUUUGCAAUCUCACUUGCUAUCACAUAACCAGCUUUUAUAAGAGUCCAUUGGAGCUUUAACUUAAGAAAAAAAAAAUACUGAGCUGACACUUUCUUCAGUUCCUCUAUUUUGUCUUUCCGAAGCAUUCCUUGAAACACAUCGAAUCUGUCACCAUGUUUCUGCACAUAAUGCCUUUUCAAACUGUCACCUCUGAAAACGGGCAGGAUUUCCUUGCAAACGAAACACAGCGCGAUACUAUGUCAGCACUGCACUCUGCCCGACCCCGAGGCAAAGCCGCCGCCAUGAUGACGGGGCAGCAGGCGGCGCGGGCCGCAGCGCGAGCUGUGCUGGGCCGCGGGGCGGACGUGCCUGGCCUACAGUAACAGCUGGGGACGGAGAGCGCGCGGCCCGAGAAGGGCGUUCGCUCCGCUUCUUCACAGGGAGGCGAAGAAGCUGCCGCCACUGCCGGCCGAGAGCCGAGCAACAACCCGACGGCGCCGUCGCAUCACCUAGCUCCGCCACGCCUGCCACCACCUCCGCGUCCCUGGCGGCGGCGGCGCAUGCGCCGGGCGGGGAACGGCGGGGGGGCCCGGCGGGAUGGGCUCUUCCUGUCGCCGGGUCUGGAUCCGGGUGAGGGCCUGCGCCGGGCGAGCAGGGCUGGCUGCCUGUUUCCGGUCGUGCCGCAGCCGGCCGGCGGCGAAGCGCGGUCGAGGCGGGUGCUGCGGUAUAGAGGCCUCUGCCCGAACCCGACGUGAGUGUGCCGGCGGGACUCGUGUCGCUGCGGAGCCGGAGCCGGAGCCGGGCCGGGCGGCGCGGCGCGGCGCUGAAGUGAGGGAAGAGAGGGCCGCGGGGCAGGAGUGUUAGCAGUUCCUUGUUUACCUCCCAGAGAAGCACGCACUUGUCUGAAGGAAGUGCCCCCUGAGGGAGUGAGCCUGAGCUGCAGUGCUCCUGGAGCACCCCGCGAUCCCAGUCGAGGUUCUGUGCUAAUGCUGAUUGCACCAACUGCUGGAGCUGUCUGAGGUCAGAACACAACAUUUUGCAGUGGUAAAAGGAUACAUGUUCACCUCAAGUGAAAAGGAGCAUGUUCCCAAACUCCUCCAACUUGGGUCAUCCACCCUUUCCUCCUAAACAUCAACAACAGAACAAUUUCCUCAAUAAGGUUCCUCUAAAUAUACGACCUGUUAUUCUCUCUCACCAGCAGAUUAUUAAUGCUCAAAUUAACUUUCAGAAUGCAGUUCUUUCCAGGGCUUCGUUGAGUGGGAACCUUGUGACUACACUAGCUGGUACGCCACAGCCUUUGACUUAUGGAAAUGGCAGUCCAGUGAAUACAUCUGCUGCUUCCACGUCAUUCCGAGGAAGAAAGAGACUAAGUGAACAAAGUGUUCCAUAUGAUAUCAAACGACAGCGAUAUCGUUCACCUCGCCGUGAAACAUCUGUAGUUAACCAAGCAGUGCCUUCACCAGAAGAAAGUGCAUAUUUGUUUUCAGGAUCAUCUCCACUGUUCAAUGUGUGUUAUGUACCAGAUUUAAGUAUACGUGUUCCUCGAUUGCAAGAUAUUUCAUUUCCAGACGUUUCAGAAGCAACACUUCCUGUGGCCAAAGAUAAGUUAAGUCAGCAGGUUUUGGAGUUGUUUCAAGCAUGCCAACAACAGACGUGUGAUUUGAAUAGAAAAGAGCUCUGCAGAUCAGAACUCCAGAGGGAAAUUCAGCGAAUUUUUCCAUAUAGCAGGCUCUUUUUGGUUGGGUCCUCUCUGAAUGGAUUUGGCACUCGUACAAGUGAUGGUGAUUUAUGCCUGGUGGUUAAAGAAGAACCAGUGAAUCAGAAGACUGAAGCAAGGCAUAUACUCAGCUUAGUCCAAAAACUCUUCAGUACUAAACUUUCAAGUUACAUUGAGCGACCUCAGCUGAUUCGAGCAAAAGUGCCAAUAGUGAAGUUCAGGGAUAAAGUCAGCUGUGUGGAGUUUGACUUGAAUGUAAACAAUAUUGUAGGAAUAAGAAAUACAUUCCUUCUGAGAACCUAUGCAUAUGCCUUACCUGAACCCAUCCUUCCAUCCCUCCAAAAAAAUUACCCUGAAUCUUUCGAUCCUACUAUGCAGCUGCAUCUUGUUCAUCAGGCGCCAUGUACCAUUCCUCCUUACCUCUCGAAAAAUGAAUCAAGUCUCGGUGAACUGCUCAUAGGUUUCUUCAAAUAUUAUGCCACAGAAUUUGAUUGGAGCCAUCAGAUGAUUUCAGUUCGUGAGGCCAAAGCUAUUCCAAGACCUGAUGAUGUUGAGUGGAGAAACAAAUAUAUAUGUGUAGAAGAGCCCUUUGAUAGGACAAACACUGCUAGAGCUGUACAUGAAAAACAGAAGUUUGAUACUAUCAAAGAGGAAUUUUUGAAGUCUUGGCAGAUACUACGAGACAAGAAAGACCUGAGCUUUGUAUUACCUUUAAGAGCGACCAUACAGAGAAGAUAACAAACUUCUUUCAUUUUCUCCAUAUUGGAUCCUGCUGAAAUAAAGAACAGUAUCAAAACCCAGGUGCAGUUACACCCUUGUUAUUUUAUGACAUGCUUUUCUUGUUAUACUUUUGUUAAGGAAAUCUUUGUAAGAAAGACUGCAUAUUUUAUUAUUGAGAUUUAUUAAUGCAGUUGUUCACUCAGAGAUGUGUUUUCUGAAAACUCUUGUAUUGUUGACUUAUGGAAGAAAAUGUUGUGACUAAAGCAGCAGACCACAGGAAUAAAUCUGUUGUAAACAACGUAUGGGAAUGUACUGAUUUGUUUCUGUAAUCUGUGUAAUCAUCAAUUCAGACAAAUUUAACAAUGAAAUAAAUGAAAUCAGAGCUAAACAGUGUAUGAGUCUGUAUCCUUAAGGCACUGCACACAAUAAACUCUCCUUGAUGAACAGGCAGCUCGUACUUUGUCUGUUUAAGCUCGUACUUUAAAUCUGUUUAAUGCAGUAUGCACUUUUGCUCAGCUUGGCACUUCCCAGUUUUAUUUUCCUUUUGUAUAGAACAAAGGCAACAAUUUAUGAAAAUUAAGCUAGAUUACAGUUGGUAAUGUUCUGGAUAUCAAGAACUGUAAUCUAAACUGGAAUUUUCAAUCAACAGUUCUACUACAAGGAAGUUGAACUGAAAAAGGACAAAUCAGUUUAUGUAAAUGAUUCAUGUUCAUGUAGUAGGCAAGAUAAUUUUUAGUGCUGCAUUUUACAUGUUCAAAGUAGUAGCGAUAUCUGCUUAAAAUGCCCCCUACCCUUUAGUAGCUACAUGAAGCUGGGCUUUUGUUUUGAUUUUGUGUAAAUGUUUGUUUACUGGUAAGCUGCUGUAAAUUGAUUUCAAAUAAGUAAUCAUAAAAAUUGUAGCUUUUCCAAACAACGAAGUAAUGAAACUUUUUAGACCUGCUGUAGCACAGUUUGUGCCUGUCAUGUGUUUGUUAUUGAAGACCAAUUCACUGUCAAAGCUGUACUUCUAAUUGAUGUCAAGUUCAUAUUUUCAUUUUUUAAAAUAUUUUGUAUGGUGUCCAGUGGAAUGAAGUUUAUAGAGAAUACAGCUUUGUUUGCUGUUUUAUGUUAUUUUGUAUUGGACAUUUAAUAUAAUUCCUAUAAUUGAAUAGAAAAGGAAAUGAAUGUAAAGGUCAAGGCACCUGUUACAAAUAAAAAUUUUCUAUGGGUAUUUUGUAUUGCA